CUCGGGGCUUCUUUGGGCCUGGAAAUGAUAUUAAGGAGAACCUUGCACGCACAAUAGCAAGUCACAAAAAAUUGCUUCUUUUUAACAGUGUUCUUGCGUGCAAGAUUUAUUCACCCUUUUACAUCCAAAUUCAAAAAAAUAAACCCCCCAAAUUCUCUAACAAGAUAGCCAUCAGCACUCAAUUCCGCUCUUUUCCUCUACUGGGGUAACACAUACGCACACACUGGAAUUUUCUCUAUUGUUCUUUCGCCAUUACAAUUUACACUGUUGAGGAAGAACAAGGGAAUCAAGGAAAGCUCUGUUAUCAAGCAAGCAACCAAUUCGUUUUGGAAUUUAGCAACAAUUACGCGAUACUGUCGAUUUUUAAAGGAUUACGGAGAUUCGAAAUAGUUAUUGUUUUAAUCUCCUACGUCAUCUUCUUCCUCCUUAUAUUCCCGCUGCAAAUUUGCUCGCCGGAACAUUUAUGCUUUCCAGUUUCCAUCCUCAGCCAGUCUCCUUCAAUUUCAAACCUUUGAAGCCCCUCCUUCAAUCACAAAUUUUGAAAGCCCCUUCAUAGAUCUUUUUCUUCAGAAUUGGGGGCUUAAAAGAGGCAGCACGGAACCAGAAACAAUUCUGACCACGGGAGCUAUAUGGAUAACGUCGGCGGUCAGGGUUGCUUCUUGUAGUUGUAGUCAUGCUCGUUCUGCAUCGGUUUUUAUUUUAGCGCACCUGUUGACAAGCUGCUGCAUUUAGGGGCUUAGAAGAAAAGGGGACCAAGAGCUGCUCUUGGUCCCCUAUUAAUGCACUUCUGAAUUGGUCCCUGUAAAGUACAUUUAUAAUGAAUGUUGGACUCCGUAGCUCGUUUUUUGGAGUUCCUUAUGACUGUCAUCCCAGGAAUAAUUUGCUUGGUUUAAAUGUUUUGUACCCUCCAAGAAAGAUCCGUAGAAAGUGCCAAUGUGUGGGAAGAAAUGAAUGGAUAUCUCGUGGGGUCAAAUUUACACAUCUUUGUGGGAGAAAUGUUGAGCUAUUUUGGAAGAACUUAAGUUCCAGAAGUGCGUGGGUAGUUAAUUGUGUGAAGGAGCCUCUUACUCGUAGGAAGACAUUAGUUGAAUCAUUGGCACCCGUUUGGGGGGAAGGGUUACUUCUACUCAGAUGCUCUAUUUUUUGUGCUGUUAUUUCGGGGAUCUGUUUGCUACUUUGGUAUGGGCAAUCGAAAACCAAAAGUUUCAUUGAGGCGAAGCUGUUGCCAUCUGUUUGUGCUUUAUUGAGUGAACAUAUUGAGCGAGAACUUGAUUUUGGGAAGGUUCGAAGAAUUUCACCUUUAAGCAUUACUCUGGAAUCAUGUUCGAUUGGGCCCCAUAGUGAAGAGUUUUCUUGUGCUGAGGUACCUACUGUCAAACUGCGCAUUCUUCCGUUUGCUAGCAUCAAAAGGGGAAAGAUUGUGAUCGAUGCAGUCCUGUCUAAUCCAACAUUAUUGGUGGCACAAAAGAAGGAUUAUACCUGGUUGGGAAUACCUUUCAGUGAGGGCUUCUUACCAAGACAUUUAUCAACUGAAGAAGGGAUUGAUCAUCGUACCAAGACAAGGCGGAUAGCUAGAGAAGAAGCUGCGGGUCGUUGGGCAGUGGAGAGAGAUGAUUCUGCUAAGAAAGCUGCAGAAGUGGGCUAUCUGGUUACUGAAGAUAGUGCUACUGAGGCUGAGGAUGAUGGGUUGAAGGAGAACGUCAUCCCUUCAGCAAGGCUGGCAACUUUGGAAUCAUUUUUUUCUACAGAUGAGAAACUUCACUGGAGAGAUCAUCAUUGCAUGGAUGCAGGUCUGGAGUAUGAUUUGAAACAUGCUGAUCUAGAGAGAUCUUUUGGAUCAAAGGUUCCAGCUGCAGGUGUCGUCUGGUGGUCCAGAAUUUUACCAGGUCCUUUAAGAAAAAAGUUCAAGAGGAAGGCAAAUGGUGGAGAUCCAUCUGGAGCUAGUGUUGCCGCUAAACGUAGAAUUCUUGAAUGCAGUGCAUCAGCUGCGUGUGUAUAUUUUCAGAGACAAUCACAUCAAGAAUUUGGAAAUCCUACCCAAUCAUCUGAAAUUCCUGAUGUUCCUCUUUCAAAAGACGAGAGUGAUACCAAUCUUUCUAGUUCGAGGCAGAAUGUACUAGACAGAGAUGUGAUAUCUGCACAAGUGAUUUCCGCACACCACUUUGAGAAGGAAAAUGAUGAGAAGAAAAGUAUUGGAUCUGCUUAUGAGGAUUCUUCUCAUAAGGGAACCUAUUUAAAUAGUAAUAGCUCCCAUGAAGGAAGUAAAAAAAUGCAACUGCUGGGUGAUGACCAAUUUGCUGAUGCCUUCCGUCUAAGUAGCUUUAGUCUCAUUGGUGAUCCGUUUCUGUCGACUUUGAAUUCACUAAGUAAAGCAAGAAAUUCUGGUGAGAAAUUUUCUUCCCUCUCCCAAAGUACUGUAGAAUCUACUGAAACUGGACCUGAUGACAAAAUUAAUGAACUUUCCGAUGAAGGAGUUACCGUUCUUAAUUCUGAACUUAGCAGAUCAGCUGAGCAGAUCCAAGCAUCUGAAAGUAAUGCAGAGCAAAAUUUCCCAGUAGGAGAAACUCUUAGCUGUCAUAAUAUGAACACAAACGAGGUAUUGGCUGUGGAUCAAGAUCCAGGGACUUGGCCCUUGGGCCUGAGACCUGGGUUUUCUACUUUGAUCAAGAAAAUGGGUGAAGCGUGGUCUUCUUUAUAUUCUGGGCCUGUUGAAAGGCUGACAGCAAAUGUGGGUCCGGGAGUUGAGAACAUCGUUGCAGAACUAGUGGAUGGGGAAGAUGAAGUGCAUAGUAUGGGUAAUCAGAAUCAGAUUCCUGUCAUUUUAGAUUCAGUACAUUUCAAAGGCGGUACCUUAUUGCUGCUUGCCUAUGGCGAUACUGAACCAAGAGAGAUGGACAAUGCCCUGGGACAUGUAAAGUUAAAAAAUAACUAUGGACGUGUGCAUGUACAGGUGUCUGGCGAUUGUAAGACGUGGAGAUCAGCUCUGUCAUCUGAAGAUGGUGGCUGGCUAUCCACGGAUGUUUAUGUUGAUAUCAGUGAGCAGAAAUGGCACGCAAAUUUGAAAGUUGUGAACUUAUUUGUACCGCUGUUUGAAAGGAUUUUGGAUAUUCCAAUCACGUGGAGCAAUGGAAGAGCUAGUGGUGAGGUUCAUAUAUGCAUGUCAAAUGGUGAAACUUUUCCUAAUCUUCAUGGACAGCUUGAUGUGACCGGGUUGGCUUUCCAUAUAUAUGAUGCCCCAUCAAGGUUUUCUGAUGUGUCUGCUAGUUUAUGUUUCCGCGCUCAAAGAAUAUUUCUACACAAUGCUAGUGGCUGGUUUGGCAAAGUACCAUUAGAGGCUUCAGGAGAUUUUGGCAUUGACCCUGAGCUAGGAGUAUUUCAUCUCAUGUGUCAGGUUCCUUCUGUUGAAGUUAAUGCAUUAAUGAAAACUUUCAAGAUGAAGCCUUUCUUAUUUCCGUUGGCUGGUUCAGUAACAGCUGUCUUCAAUUGUCAAGGCCCCUUAGACGCUCCUAUUUUCGUUGGGAGUGCACUUGUGUCUAGGAAAAUGUUGCAUUUGACUUCUGAUGUUCCUGCUUCUGCCGCAUAUGAAGUAAUGAUGGACAAUAAAGAGGCCGGUGCUGUUGCAGUUUUUGAUCGCAUUCCCCUUUCAUAUGUUUCUGCUAAUUUUACGUUCAACACUGAUAAUUGUGUUGCCGACUUGUAUGGAAUUAGAGCCAACCUGCUAGAUGGAGGUGAAAUUCGUGGAGCAGGAAAUGCAUGGAUAUGCCCUGAGGGUGAAGAUGAUGAGACAGCAAUGGAUGUGAACUUUUCAGGGAAUUUAGGCUUUGAUAAGAUUAUGCACCGUUAUAUACCUGGCUAUGUCCAACUGAUGCCCCUUAAGUUAGGGGAAUUAAAUGGAGAAACAAAACUUUCUGGGUCCUUACUGAGACCGAGGUUUGACAUUAAGUGGACAGCACCUAGAGCUGAAGGUUCACUUGCUGAUGCCCGCGGAGAUAUUAUAAUCGCACAUGAUUACAUUAUUAUCAAUUCUUCAUCAGUUGCUUUCGAGUUGAACACAAAAGUUUUAACAUCUUAUCCUCAUGAACAGUGGUUAAAUGAGAGGGACUUUGAUACCGACAUCCCUUUUUCUUUGGUUGUGGAAGGAGUUGAAUUGGAUUUGAGAAUGCGUGGUUUUGAGUUUUUCAGCUUGGACUCGUCCUUCGCUUUGGAUUCUUUAAGACCUGUGCAUCUGAAAGCUACUGGGAGGAUUAAGUUUCAAGGGAAGGUUACUAAUCAGACAAGCAGCAGUGAUGGUCAAGACCAUGAAUUUGAGAAUAGUUUGGAAGUUAAAGAGGAUGCUAGUGCGGCACAUUUUCUCUCUGGUGAUGUUCUGAUGUCUGGUCUGAAACUGAAUCAGUUAACGCUGGCACCUCAGUUGGCUGGAGUACUUAGCAUUACAAAUCAGGGGAUCAAGUUGGAUGCCACUGGCAGACCUGAUGAAAGUCUUGCGAUGGAGAUUGUUGGGCCUCUACAGCCGAUUUCUGAAGAAAAUGUCAAAGGAAAAAUGUUGUCAUUUUCUCUUCAAAAGGGUAAUCUAAAGGCUACUGCUUGCUACCGGCCUCUACAUUCAGCUAAUUUGGAGCUACGGAGUUUACCAUUAGAUGAGCUGGAGCUUGCAUCCCUUCGUGGUUCCAUUCAAAAGGCAGAAAUUCAACUCAAUUUUCAGAAAAGAAGAGGUCACGGGGUCUUGUCUGUCCUUCGGCCAAAAUUUAGUGGUGCUUUGGGGGAAGCUCUUGAUGUCGCCGUUAGAUGGAGUGGUGAUGUUAUCACCGUUGAAAAAGCUAUGUUGGAGCAGAGCAAUAGCAAGUAUGAACUUCAGGGAGAAUAUGUCUUGCCUGGUUCACGAGAUCGAACUCCGGCUGGAAAUAAAAGAGGCAGCUUGUUCCGGAGAGCAAUGAGUGGACAUUUAGGUAGUGUGAUAUCUUCCAUGGGUAGGUGGAGAAUGAGACUUGAGGUUCCUGGAGCUGAGAUUGCUGAGAUGCUUCCUCUUGCCAGGCUGCUUUCUCGAAAUUCUGAUCCUGUUGUGCGAUCGAGAUCGAAGGACCUUUUUAUCCAGAGUUUGCAAUCAGUGGGGAUAGGUGCUGAAAGCCUUCAAAAAUUGCUUGAGGAAAUUCGAGGUCUGUCUAAUUGGUCUGAUGAAGUGGUACUUGACGAUUUCAACCUUCCUGGUUUAGCUGAACUUAAAGGGCGUUGGCAUGGCUCUCUGGAUGCAAGCGGGGGUGGCAAUGGAGACACAAUGGCAGAAUUUGACUUCAAUGGGGAAGAAUGGGAGUGGGGAGCCUACAAAACUCAGCGUGUUUUGGCCGCUGGAGCAUAUAGCAAUGAUGAUGGUUUACGUCUUGAAAGAAUCUUAAUCCAGAGAGACAAUGCCACUAUCCAUGCAGAUGGGACCUUGUUGGGGCCUAAAACUAAUUUGCAUUUUGCUGUUCUGAAUUUCCCUGUUAGUUUUGUUCCUACUUUGGUUCAGGUUAUAGAAACUUCAGCCACUGAAGCCGUUCAUUCUUUGCGGCAACUUUUAGCUCCAAUUAAGGGCAUUCUACAUAUGGAAGGGGAUCUCAGGGGAAGUCUUGCUAAGCCAGAAUGCGAUGUGCAAGUGAGGCUGCUGGAUGGUGCUAUUGGAGGAAUUGAUCUUGGGAGAGCUGAAAUUGUUGCAUCUCUAACAUCUACAAGUCGUUUUCUAUUCAAUGCAAAAUUUGAACCUAUAAUCCAAAAUGGCCAUGUGCAUGUUCAAGGAAGCAUUCCAGUGGCAUUUGUCCAAAACAACGUAAUGGAGGAGGAGAGUGCUGAAACGGAUAAAAGUGAGGCAAGAUGGUCAGAUAAUUGGACGUCUGAAAGGAAUAAAGGGUCUGGUGAUGAAACUAGUGACAGAAAAGGCUCCAGAGAAAGGAAUGAGGAGGUUUGGGAUAGUCAAUUGACUGAAGGUCUCAAAGGUCUAAACUGGAAUAUCUUGGAUGCUGGAGAAGUAAGGGUUGAUGCCGAUAUCAAAGACGGUGGCAUGAUGUUAUUGACAGCAUUAUCUCCUUAUGCCAAUUGGCUGCAUGGAAACGCUGAAGUGAUGCUUCAGGUUCGAGGUACAGUUGAACAGCCAGUCCUAGAUGGUUCUGCAUCUUUCCACCGGGCGACUAUAUCCUCACCUGUGCUUCGUAAACCUUUGACAAAUGUUGGCGGCACGGUUCUCGUGGAUUCAAAUCGACUGUGCAUUGGUUCAUUGGAUGGUAGAAUAAGCAGGAAAGGAAAAAUUUCUGUGAAAGGCAACCUCCCUUUGAGAACAAGUGAGGAGUCUCUUGGUGAUAAAAUUGACCUGAAAUGUGAAGUCUUGGAAGUGCGGGCCAAGAAUGUUUUUAGUGGUCAGGUGGAUACCCAGUUGCAGAUAAGUGGCUCCAUAUUGCAACCCACCAUAUCAGGGAAAACAAAAUUAAGUCAUGGUGAGGCUUAUAUACCCCAUGACAAGGGUAGUGGUUCAGCUCCAUUCAACCGAGAUGUGUCUAACCAGGCUGGGGUCCCAGUUGGUGGUUACAACCGUGCUGUUGCAUCAAAAUAUGUGUCUCGUUUUCUUAACUUGAAACCUGUUUCUUCAAACAUCACAGAUCGUGAAGUUUCUGGUAAACAAGCAGAAGAUGAAAAGGGGAUGCUCCAAGUCAGUAGUAAGCCCAAAGUAGAUGUUCGCCUCAGUGACUUGAAGCUUGUUUUGGGACCAGAAUUGAGGAUAGUUUAUCCAUUGAUCCUUAAUUUUGCUGUCAGUGGAGAGCUUGAAUUGAAUGGAAUAGCUCGUCCCAAAUGGAUAAAACCUAAAGGCAUUCUAACAUUUGAAAAUGGAGAUGUGAAUCUUGUCGCAACUCAGGUAAGGCUUAAGCGAGAGCAUCUGAAUAUAGCAAAAUUUGAGCCAGAUAAUGGGCUUGACCCAUUGCUGGACUUGGCUCUAGUUGGGUCUGAGUGGCAAUUUAGAAUUCAAAGUCCGGCAAGCCAAUGGCAGGAUAAGCUGGUCGUCACCUCUACACGGUCUGUGGAACAAGAUGUUCUAUCACCUUCUGAGGCUGCCAGAGUGUUUGAAAGUCAACUGGCCGAGUCUAUCCUUGAAGGUGAUGGCCAGCUUGCAUUUAAAAAGCUUGCCACUGCAACUCUUGAACAGUUAAUGCCAAGAAUAGAAGGGAAAGGGGAGUUCGGACAUGCCAGGUGGAGGCUAGUAUAUGCACCUCAGAUUCCCAGUUUGCUGUCUGUUGAUCCCUCGGUUGAUCCACUUAAAUCUCUAGCUAGCAAUAUUUCAUUUGGUACAGAAGUGGAAAUCCAGCUAGGGAAGCGUCUGCAGGCAUCCGUUGUGAGGCAAAUGAAGGACUCAGAGAUGGCUAUGCAAUGGACUUUGAUCUACCAACUUACGAGCCGUCUGCGUGUGCUGCUUCAGUCUGCCCCAUCUAAACGUCUCCUCUUUGAAUAUUCUACCACUUCUCAAGACUAGGCCCCCAUAUUCAAACUAUUUUUUGCAAAUGUAGUUCUUAUUCGUUCUGUAAAUACCGAUCCUUCUGCACCCCAUGUCUUCCGGGAACUUGUAGGGAACAAACAAUCCCUACCCUGUAAUUGAUUAAUGUAUAUAUGAAAAUAUUCUUUGCUCAGAUUGCAUCUUUGCGAGUUUCUGUGUAUGCUUUGGGCUUCUUUGAUUGUUUGAUACUACGGGGCUUUGUUUGAAACCGGCUCUUAGUAAUUUUUUUCGAAAUUUUUAAUUAAUG